AUGGACGAUGCCAACAGAAGCACAGCUUUCUUUUACUUGGCUGACGAAUCAGCCCUAGAAUAUGAUGACGAAUCAGCGCUCAAUCCUAUCUACUUCUAUAACAAUAUCGAUAAAGGAACAUUUGAUGAGCAUAAGGAUGACUACGUGUUGGUGUAUAAACAAGAAGUGAAGAAAUACGGGACAUCAGAAUAUACGAGCAAGGAAUUAGAGGACCUCGAAGACGAAAUGCCUGACGCAAUAUAUUUACCAGUUGAUAAAAAACGUCGUGAUAGUGCUGCAGAAUCUCCACCAGCAAGAACAGUGUCUGCUCAUCAUGCUAAUCAAGAACACAUGGAACUACGACGACCAUUAGCACUCGAGCUUAAUUUUAAUGAUCCCGCCGAAGAUGGUAAACUUUAUAAGACUGUAAUUGAUUCAGUCCAAGCAAUCGGAUAUGGACACCCUGCUCACGUUUAUUAUGCAUCUUCGACAUUUGAAAUUGCUCUCGGAGAUAAUAAUGGGUGGAGUAAGUGGGUGAGUAUAGAUAUACUCAGAGUUUGGGAGAAAAGUGCUGGUGACCAAGUAGACAGAUCUCUUGUGGGAAUUGAUGUCCUAGAUCAGUUUUCCUUCGUGCACGAACCAGCUCAGGGAUUUAAAUUUUAA